UCAGGUGCGGGCGGCCCGAGGCGGCGGCGCCGCUCCCCGCCAUGGCGGCCCCCGGCGGGCUCGGCCGCUGUGUGGUCGCCUUCUGGCUGGCGCUGGCCUUCGACGCGCUGGGCCUGGCUGUGCUGCUGGCCGGCGUGUUCGCCGACGUGUUCUUCUCCGACCUGCUCAUUUACGGGGGCGGCAUCGGCAUCUUCCUCAGCCUCAUCUGGUGGGUGUUCUGGUACGCGGGCAACUUAGAGGUGCCGCUGGAAGAGCUGCGCGACGACGUGGGGCUGGCGCCGCCCAAGGGCCACGGUGACAGCCUGCUGCGGCGCCUGGUGCACGGCUUCAGCCUCCGACUCUCCAACACCUUCGCUCCCGCGCCGCGCUCCCGCGCUGCCUCCGCCGCUGACCUGGAGCUGCAGCGCGCCGCGGGCCCACGGGGCUGCCCCGCCGACUCCGGCAGGAUCUGUUGAAGAUGCGACUACCGAAGUUACUGCUUCUAAAAGUGGAGGAAAUGCUGCAAAUUAUGGAAAGAGAAUUCCUUACUCAAUGCAGUAGGGUUCUCUCAUUAUGGAAUAAUCCCUGCAACCAUUGUGGACUCUCUAUAAAAUGGACACAUAGAGCCAAAUUCUGCCAAAUGCCCCUAUUUCAGCAUUGGACCGGAUAUGUUUUGAAAUGGUGAAAAAAACCACAAAACCCCUAAAUUAGGUCUCUUAAGAUGUGAGAACUAAAGAAACAAACCUGAUUCAUGGAAAAUCACUGCAGCAUGUAAUAGAGAUUUUAUUAUUAUUUUUAAUAACCUGAGAAUGUUUGGAUAAAAAGCUCUUGCACAAUGAAAAGCUCUUGCACUGUUUUACCGAGGUCUGGAAGUUAAACUUACUGUGAAUUUUUACAAUGCCAGUGCAAUACUUUUGUUUGUAAGGGUGCUUUUGAAAUAUCUACGUUAAACUACUGAUGCAAAGUUGCAAAUAUAGUAGAAGUUGUUUAUAGUGUAAAUAACAAUUUACAGUCACUCUUGUAAAGUUUUAUCAUUAUUUUGGAAUAACUUGGAAUUUGAGAUUUUUAUAAGUAGACAAGUAAAAAUAAUGAUAUUGGCAUACCAGUACAUUCUUCAUAGUUACAAGUGAUGUAAUACGAUGACUAAGAAAAGGUAGUUUUAGUGCAGUGGUGUUGGAAAUUAUUUUCCUAAUGCUGAAUUAUUUGGGAAAGAGGAUACCACCAAAAAAUCACCUGUUGAUUAACAAAUACUCUGAUGCUUUAUAAAAUAUUAAUGAAUUUGACACUUAGAUUUACACUUAGAAGUAGCACUUGGGAAAAAAUUUAUAUAAAGUUAAUGACACCCGAAAUUCUUGUGUGGACAAGUUCUUCAUGAGUUCCUCUGUUCUUGAAUUAACACGAGGAGUUUGAGCCCACCAUUGGCAAAUAUGGGUAGGUCUUAAAAUUUUAAUGUACCAUUGGUUUUAUGCCACACCUUGUCAGAUACUAGAGGUGGCUUUGAGGAAAAUGGUUACUAAGAAUACUGUGUUUGUACUUCCUUGUGAACUCUGCAAUGUCUUUCAAUGUUAUCUUGUAAAUUAUUGGAGUAACUGCUUACUUUUCUAUGCAUAUGCUAAUUUUUGAGUGUUUCCCAAAUGCUCUUAGUUUUUCAGCAAGGUUGGAUGAACGCUAAACUUGAAGGUCCGUAAUGUGAUUUCUUUUUUACUGACUGCAGUUUUUAGGAGGUGUAUGCAAUUGUUUCCUCCUUUCAGAGGAAGUGCAAUGUGACACCGUGUUGUUACAAUGGUCUGAUUAAAAAAAAGAAGCCAAACCAGCUCCUUCCUUAAAGCCUAUAGAUCCCUGUUUCCGUGUCAUUUGCAAGAUUGUCUUUUUUCUGUUCUGAACAGAGAACUGCUUUUUCUGAUUCCUCAGAGUUUCACUUGUAAACUCAAUCAUGAGAUGUAAUGGUUAUGUGGAAUGAUUAGUAGCAGCUGUAAAUUAAACCAGAACAUUUGUGUGCACCCAUUCACCUACUCGGUUAAAUUUUUAAUCAUAAUGGCAAGUGAAUUGGGCACGGCUUUGCGUUCACUGUAGAUUACAACAUAAUUGAUCUUUAAUCCAAUAUCAAUACUUUAUGAUUGCUGCAUAAGAUGGUAGCUAGAAUGGCGUUGGCUGUUGCAACUUCACUCAAAAAAUUGCAUGGGAUUCGAACAUUUAUAAUUGAAACACUGUAUGUGUUAAAAAUUAAGUGUAGGAGCUGACACCUCAGUUCAGGAGGGUGCUAAUCAUAAAGAAGUGGUGGAAUGUUACUAAUAUGGUGGGUCUAAAUAAGGAAAUAAAAAGUACUUGCUGUGGGACAGCGUAA